UCUAUUAUUUAAAAACUUUUAUUUUAUUGUACAUAUACUACAUUAUCACUAUAUGUUGAAUUUUCAGCUGAAAAAAAAUAAUUGAACUGGUGUUACCAAAAAAAACCGAUUAAAAUGUGUAGUUUGGCUACAUUAGUUUAAGAGAGUUUAGUUAGAGAGUUAGAAUUUUUAAACAAAAAAAAAUAGCUUUAUAAUUUUUUCAAUCUUGGAUUUUAUCUCUACUGUCUAAAGCAGUAAGGUACAAUUAGAAAAAAUGUCUUUAACAUACAUUCCAAGAGUAACCCAGCUUGAUUCACUACAACUUGAUGAGGAAUUGGAAGAACUUUUUAAAAACCUGCUUUUUCAGGCUACCAAAUAUUUGGAGCCAGGAUUUCUCCAACCCCUUUUACCUGAACUAGAACUGAUAUUACGAAGUUGUAUUUUUAAGUAUUCUUUAUGGGAUAGAAAAUGUAGUUUUGGCCAAGAGAUGCUAUCAAUAAAAUACAAAACUGAUAAUUUUUCAAAAAGCAAAUUAUAUUGGUACUAUGGCUAUACAAUUGGUUUAAAAUAUUUAAAAGACAGAUCAUUAUACACAUUCACAUCUAACACAAAAGUACAGAAUGUUUUAAAUAGCUUAGAAACAUUUCAACUAAUUGGUGAUAUUUUUAAUUUCUUACGUUUUAUUCAAAGUGGGAAACACCCAGCAUUUAUAGAUUUUAUUCUUGGACUAGAGUUAUGUGCUGACAAGGUUGUUAGAGAAGACUUGACUGAUUUAUCAUGGACCAGAGAACUUCUAUGGCAUAAUUUUAUUGAAUUAAUUGGAACAUCAUUAUCUCUAGUAAAUAUGUUUGGAUUACGGCAGAAGCUCUCAAAAAUAUUAAAAUAUGUAUGGUGGAGAAAUUAUGCAAGACCAUCAAAUAAAACUUCACAAGCAAUCAUGAAUGUAAACACUGUUUGUGCAGUUUGUUCUGAAAAGCCCACACUGCCGCAUGUCAUGGGUUGCUCUCAUAUAUUUUGUUAUUAUUGUUUGCAGGCUAACAAGAUGGCUGAUACAGACUUUACUUGUCCAAAGUGUUAUUAUAAUGGUAAAUCUGUUACUAAAUUUGUUGUUGUUUAGUUAUUUAUGGUUUAUUGUAUAAUUUAAGUAUAAUUGGGUGCUAAAAAUUGUUUUUACAAAGACAAAUAUUUUAUUUAUUAAAUAAUAUUUUAUUAUAACAAUGUACAUAGCGCUAAGUGACAUUAUAUGUAAGUUUAUUUUUUUAAAAUUGAUAAUUACACAUUAAAC